AUGUCAUCUUAUGCUGUAUGUGGUUCUAGAGCAUCUUUGGUACCUAAGAAAAAUCAACGUGCUAUUUACUCAUAUUUAUUUAAGGAAGGUGUAAUUGUGGUACAUAAAAACCCUAAUGAUCUUAGACAUUCAGAAUUAGACAUCUCAAACCUACAGGUUAUGUUAACAAUGAGAUCUUUAUUAUCAAAGGAAGUAGUAACUGAGAAGUUUACAUGGCAACAUAAUUAUUAUUUCUUAACAGAUGAGGGUAUUGAGUAUUUACGUCGUUACUUAGAUCUUCCAGCAUCUGUCUUCCCAGCAACUCAUACAAAAAAGACAAUAGAUCGACCAGGGAGAUCUGAAGGUCAUACAUUACGUGGGUAUGGAAGAAGUAGACAGCACCAUUAA